AUGGAGUGUUUCAGAUGGUUCCAGUGGUUUGAAGAGGGAGACAAGGGCAUAAUAACGAUUGAGGAUGUCUGCGCAACCCUUGACAUACCACUUCCCUUGGAGUACAGACGGAAAGCUGAACAAAACAAUGUCAGGUCGGAGGGCUUAAUUCAAGAGACAGUUGAAACGCCCGCAUUAUUUGCUGCUCCACCAAUGCCAUCGUCAGCAUCGAGCUUAGAGAAGUCUACACUAGAUGGUGUCGAAGUCUUGCCUGGCAAUGCUGCAUCUGACGAUGUCCUUGAAACAUGUGUGCGCCUAGUAAAAGAGUAUUCUGGACCACACGGUGCGGAAAAAGAUCUGGCAGGCUACCUUAAGGAGCAUAUGGAAAUGAGGUAUAGGAAGCAUUGGGAGGUCGUGAUCUCCAUCUCUGCUAUAGGCUGUGCGGUUGCCCACGAAGUUAACAUGUUCAUCCACUUUCGCUAUAAGGACCACAUUUAUCUCUUAUUCCUUGUUCCCGACAUGAGGGGCCUGUGA